CAAAUCAAGUCUCAUUAAUCUCCUCAGGACAAAAUGGCUACAGGCCAAAAGCUUCUCUCCUUUCUCCUUUUGCAGCUGAUUCUUGUUCUUCUGGUCUCAGACCUCAGCAAUGCAGAGGGCUUGAAACUCGGGUAUUACUACAAGACCUGCCCUAAAGCAGAGUCUAUUAUCAGGAAGACAACUUACCGAUUCAUUUCUCGAGCUCCAACUCUUGCAGCUCCUUUGCUUAGGAUGCAUUUCCAUGACUGCUUUGUUAGAGGAUGUGAUGGUUCAGUGCUUCUAAAUUCCACAAAGAACAGCCAAUCAGAGAAAGCUGCAAUUCCCAACCUAAGUUUGCGAGGCUUCCAUGUGAUUGAUGCUGUAAAAUCCGCAGUCGAAGAAGCAUGCCCUGGUGUGGUUUCCUGUGCAGAUAUCGUUGCCUUAGUAGCUCGAGAUUCAGUUUCCAUGAUAUAUGGACCCUUCUGGGAAGUUCCCCUUGGACGAAGAGAUGGAAGAGUUUCACUCUUGAGUGAGGCCUUCGCAAACUUGCCUUCUCCUUUUGCCAACAUAACUACACUUAAACAAAUGUUUGCUGUUAAGGGUUUAAGCCUAAAAGAUCUGGCCGUUCUAUCAGGAGGACACACCAUUGGCACAUCUCAUUGCAACGCAUUCACCAACCGUCUCUACAAUUUCACUGGCAAAGGCGACACAGACCCAUCAAUGGAUCCAAACUACAUUGUGAAAUUGAAGCAAAAAUGUAAGCCAGCAGACACAACUACGCUGGUGGAGAUGGACCCUGGAAGCUUCAAGACCUUCGACGAAGAUUACUUCACUCUCGUGGAUAAAAGAAGAGGGCUCUUCCAAUCUGAUGCUGCCCUUCUCAAUGAUGAAGAGACUAAAGCUUAUGUUAUCCUUCAGUCUUCUACCCACGGAGCUACCUUCGGCAAAGAUUUUGCUGAGUCAAUGGUGAAGAUGGGUAGAGUUGGAGUCCUCACUGGCCACCAAGGUGAAAUCAGGAAACAUUGUGCUGUGGUGAAUUAAUUGAAGAACCCUUUUUUUUUGUUGUUGUUGAAGAUUUGUUUAUUUUUGUGGCAUCUUAAAUUAAGAUGUGAAUUAAGGUUUGGCCACAAAAAAUGUACUGUUCGUGUUAAUUUAUGAGUAUGGCUUUACAAACUGCAGCUGUACAUUGUUGCUGAGUGUAAUUUGUGGGAAUAUUUUCACUGUAAAUCAUGAUUCCAACUCAAUAAAAUCCUGGACCUUUUCUUGAUUA